UGACUCCAAACUGUAAAAAUGGCCUCUACAGCAAAAGCGAAUGGCACCACAGCGAAGACAGCAACCAUGGAAGACGACUACAUAACGGUUGUGGAAGUGGACGAUCCCACGUCCUCCUCGAAGGAUCGCCUAAAGAAGCUAGUCAAGCGGCAGAGCUCCGUGGCGGAGGACUCAUCGUUCAUCACAGUGCUGACCAUCAAUGAGAUGGAGCUCCUGCAGCAGCGACGACAGGAGGAGGAGGUCAGAAGCGAACCAGUUUCAGCAAAGGAGGAGCAAGUAGAGGAUGUCACAGUGUUCAGAUUGCCGGGUGAACGCCUCGGUUUUGGCCUCAAGUUCCAAGGAGGCACUCGGAGCACAGAGCUCGUCCAGAAACUAUACAUACAAUCCUGCGCCGCCGACAGUCCCGCCUCCAAAGUGGCCACCGGUUGGGGGAAUCUCCGCGAGGGCGAUGAGAUCGUGAGUAUCGAUGGUCGGGAUGUGCGGGAAAUGACCCGAAUCGAUUGCGUUCGCGGGCUCAAAGACAACGUGGCCAUCCAGUUGGUGGUGCGAAAUGGACACGGCCAGAAGCCACCCAGCGAGGAGGAUCCCCAGCUGGAGCAGCUCUCGAUCACCCUGAAUGCCCAGCCACCUCCACCGCCACCUGUGCCACCCAGGAAGCUGGUUAGGCGGCAGAACUCCAAGGAGAAUCAGGCACAGUUGGUGAUUGAGAAGCCGCUGACGCCGCCGCCGGAUGCGGAAUACUACCUGAAUCUGCUCACCGAGUCCAUCAAGGCGGGCUCCGAGUCGGACGACACUGCCAGCACCAUAUCCACCGUCAUCGACAAGUUCUCCAUGGGCUCCGCCUACUCCUCCUCGGACAGCAGUCUCAAUGGCCACGAGUUGGCCAAGGUUCUGCAGCCCUUCACUCUCCUCGAGCAGGAGUUUCUGCCCCUGGAGCAGCCGAUGGGACAUCCCAAGCUGCUGAUUCCGGGCAACAACUACGAGAAUGUCGAGUUCAAAACGGAGAAGGUCAAUGUGUACGAAAAUAUGGUGCUCAGGAGUCCGGAGACGACGCCCACACCAAAGCCCCGUGUCCAAUUGGCCACCGUGGAGCCGAAGAAGCGCUCCAUCCUGCCUACGCCACGAAAAAUACCUGCACCCAGUAAGCUGCCGAUUGAGGUUUCUCCACCGCGCGUUCCCUCGCUGGUGGAGGAGCCCAAGACGCCCACCAACGAGAAGCUGGACUCUCCGAAGACACCCACAAAUGAGACUCCCCCAUCGAAGGACUCACCCAUCAGUGCUACCAAAAUACCAAAGGCCAAGUUCUCGAGGGCCAAGACAGAGGGCGAGAUCAAGCUGCAUUUGCAGCCCUUGAAACCGCAGUCGCCGCAGGGCAAGUCCCGGAUACCCAUAGUCAGUACCCCGAAAUCUGUGCCCAAGCCAGUGUCACCCUCGCUGAAUGGAUCAUCGCCCGGUUCGAAUAUUCCACGGCUUUUGCAGAAGCAGAAAUCCGAAACGGAUUUGAAACUGAACCUGUACAGGAGUAAAUCGAAGGAGGCUAGUCCCCGACCGCCCUUGCAGAGGGCCAACUCCGCCGAGGCGCCGGAAAGGACCUUUAUCCCGGUCCUAUUAAAUGGCAACUCCAAGAGCUCCAACUCCCUGGAGAGCCUUAGUUCGAUUGGCAGCAAUAGCAGUGGAAAUAGUGGAAGAUCGCCCAAAGGACCGAAGCCCAAGCCACCAGAGCGAGUUCAGUCGCUGCAGAAAACGCAGAUACCCAAGUUGCAGGCACUUCCCACAACGCCGCCUCAACAGAUACCCAAACUGAGUAUGCAGACCUUCAGGCAGAGCCCACCCACUCCCAGAUCCACGCCAGUGGGAACCCCAUCGCCGACCAGUAAUCGGGAGAUACGCUUCAAGAUUCAGACUUACGAGAGCAAAGCGCAGGACGAAGACAAACUGCCCAGCUUAUUUGACCUGGUUCACAGUCAGGAUAAGGAGAAGGAUAAGGAAGCAGAUAAAGAUAGUGAACCACUGCGGAACCACAAUAGUAUCACCGCUCUUCUGGCCGCCGCCGCUGCCGAGGCUGCCGAUCUCUCGCGGGAAUCUCCCCCUCCGCUGGUCGUCGGGAAAUGCAUGAAGAUCGCCGAUGAUAACAACACCACCACCUGCUACUCGAGCUCCAGCAGCGGGGAGGAGGACGAGGACGAUCUGGAUGCCGCCAACAGGGAGUACAUUUGCGAGGACGGCGAGAAGCUGGGACCUCCGGAGCUGAUCAAUGGUCCCGGCCCCUCGGAGGCCUACUUCAACAUGUUCUGGCACUCCAACAUGCUGCCCACCAUUGGCGAGGUCGAGGAGGAGUUCUCCUCGCUAGAACCGCAGUCCCUGACUAACGGAAACCUUGUCAAAUCAGAGGAGUUGAAGAAGUUGCCCAAAAUGGAAGUAAACGCUGGUGUACUGGCCCAGCUGACUGACGAUAAGAUUGCUGACCAUGACGCAAGUGAAACGAAAGUGGAAAGUCGCAACGAGAGUACAACGAACCAACAAACCCAGGAGGUCAGCUCCAGUAGCUGCAGUUCUGUGAGGAGUCAGAAGACCACCACCACCACUCGCGUGGUCACCACCAAGACAAGUUCCAGUUCCGUUUCCAGUUCCUCCACUAGCUCAUCCACCCUCAUCCCAGACAUUGCCUUCAAGCUGCAACCCUACGAGGAAAGGGAGGAUGGGUUCUCGGAACCCAUUACCACCGUUCACGAGGAACGACGUGUGCUUAGCGAGCAGAAGACCCUCAGUGAAUCGAGGACCCGGGAUGCCUUGACCGGCGAGGAACAGCUGGUGACGAGUGCCAAUUCGAAAUCGAGCAGCGCCCGCUUCAAGAAGAUCAGCAGCAACGACAACCUGCUCGACCUUGGCGACGAGCAGGAGAUGCAGGAGCAGCCGUUGACCGCCACGAUCACCCAGGAGUCGAGUCUGAGGGAGCGGCUGGAGUGUCCUCAGGAUAACCAGAGUAUCGAGCGGGGUACUCUGACCCUAUCCGAGCGGGGAAAGCAGCUGAACGAAAGCAAGGGACUUACAACCUACACGGAAUGCGAGACGAGUGAGAAGGAGUCCUAUCUGGAGGCCCAGCAAGUCCUCAAUGGAGCCGGGGAUUCCACAUCCCCAGUUGAGAAUGGCGACCAACCAGCCACUUUCGAACGGGAGCUCAGCGAAACGCUAACGGUGACCAACGAUGGCGAAAAGCAGGUCACCAAGAAGCUGGAACAGAGCAAGGAAAUCGCUGGCAAAAAGGGUGCCAAGCUGCUCAAGAAGACCGACGAGGAGCGACGCCUCGAGCAGGAGGCCCAAAAGCUGAUCGAAAGCUACCAGAAGGUGAAGAAGGAGGCCGAGAAGCUGUACAAACUGGAAUUGGCCGACGACGACCAGGGCUUUGAUCUAAGUGCCUUCGAGCAGGUGGAGAAUGAGGAUAAACCCGAGGUCAGUGAGGAAAUCCAAAAGCCAGUUCAGGAGGACAUCCAAAUAGAAGAGCUUAAGAGUCCCAAUGAACAAGUCAAAGAGGAGAUUAAAGUCUCACAUGAGGAAGUCAAAGAACAAACCCAAGUUGUUAAAGAAGAAAUUAAGGAGAAUGUUCAAGUCUCUCAAGAGGAAGUCAAGCAAGAGGUCAAGGUCUCUCAUCAGAAAGUCAAGGAAUUCUUGCAAAAUGAAGUCAAGGUUUCUCAUCAGGAACAACAAAUCAACAAAAAAGAGGCUGUCAAAGUGGUGCACAAAGAAGUGAAAGUGAUCCAAGAGAGCUCCCAAGUGACAGGGACAACCAGUCACAAGGAAUCAACCAAGGAAGUCACCGUCUCCAAGGAAGAAGUUAUGGUUUCCGAAAAGAAAACCGAACUUCCUGCAACGACAGCCACACAAGUAGAGAUCAUCUCACCUCCGCUGGAAGACGAUUUGGGCUACGUGCUCCACAAGCACAUUAUUCUUCCCCAGGAGAAGAAGGAGAAAAAGGUGCCUACGCCGCUGCCCAAGCCGAAACCCAAGCCUCCGGUGCCCACGAACAAACCCAAAAUGCCAGCCAAUUUGACCAAACCGAAGACAGCUCCUCCGCCGGUGCCCAGCAAGAGGAGUGAGGUGGCGGGAUCCGGUGGCAAGCCCACGCCCAGCCAAAGGCGCAGCAGCUUGGAGAACGCCCAGCCGCCCAAGCCCCUGGAACGCAUUAUUGUGGGCGUGGAGCAGCGAGAUGAGGCGGAAAAGCCGCAGCCCCAGCCAAUUAUCAACUUGGCCAGCGUCGACCUGCCAAAUGUGGCGCCCAACGGCAAACAAGUGACCGCGGAAACGAGUCCCGUGGUCGAGAUGCCGCCGGAUGAGCUGCAAUUCGAGAGCCACCAGUUGCCGGACUCGCAUCAGGAGUCGAGUGACCUGCUCAGCGGGUCGUCAUCCUCGUCCACGGUGGCCACGCCCAUAACAACGCCAAUUUUGGUAUCUGCCACCUCAUCGAUGGACUCGGUGCAAAGUGUCAUCGAGGUCGUCAACGGUUUGCCCAUCGUCAGCAAUCAGCAGACUGACGACGACGACAAUGAUGAAGAUGGAGCGGAUGACGAUGAAAGGCAUUUGGAGGCCGAAGGACCAAAGGAUGUUAGUGCCAACGAGGAGUCGGUCGACAGAGAACACGAAUCAGAUCUUGGUAGCCUCAGCAACCAUCACAGCAGCAUCGGCAGCAUCAACGCUAGUAGCAACAUCCCGGCAGCAACUUUAAUCGCCACCAGCAGCAGCAACAGCAACAGCGGCAAGAAGACAACCACUGAGGCGGCAACCACGAGCAAACCUGCUGCACCACUGAACCCCGGCAAAAUGGAGCUGCUGAGCAGCAACACAGCCACAGCAACAGGAACCGGAACGACAACGACGACAGCCACGCACCACCUGCACCAGGCCACCACCACGAAACAGCUGCUGGUGCAGGAUUACCUGAGCUACGCCUCACCGCCCACAUAUUCCCGCCUGCCGCCCGACGGUCAUGAGUUUCCGCCCAACUUCAGCGAGCCACUGAUCAUGCACAGCCACCCCCUGAAGGUCACCAGCACUUCCAGCACCACCGAGUUGAGUUACGAACUGCAGAAUGGCAAGGAGGAGACCUCCGCACCACCGCUGCCUAAAACAGGACCACCGGCCACAGUUCCCCGCAAGGUGUACCGCCAGGAUCUGGUCAUAAACGUGGAGCCGGCACCCAGCCUGAGCCGCGACUAUCAGAGAUCCCUGAGUGGCGGUGCGCCGCGGAAGCCCAGUGAUUGGCGAAAGGAUGAAAAGUCCGAGAAGUCGGUGCGCGACAAGAUUGCCAUGUUCUCGUCCAACAACGAACUGGAUGCCAUACCGCCGGCUCCGGCCACAGCCCCGAUUUCCAGCUCCUUCUCCCGGAAACCCCUCAACAGGAGCAGUGAAAACCUGCUCGACAGCUGCUCCGCAUCCGCGGCUCCAUCACUAAAGACCCGCGCCAUGAGUGUGGAGAAUCUGAACGAUGUGCAGCGGCAAUAUCAGUUGGCCAAGCAGCUGCCCCAAUUGCAUGUGGCCGAUUCGAUGUAUUCCUUAAAUACGGCCACGCCCACCCAGAGCUACGCCUCCCUUCCACGGCGCAGCCACGGAGGAUCGUAUUCCGCCGGAGUAGAGCGAAGGAUCAGCUUUUCGGGUGAGGGCGGUGAGGCGGCCAAUCGCAAGGCAGCUAUCACCAAUAUCCUAGAGCAGCGGAGGAGGAGUUUGUCCAAACUCCGUGGCCUGGUCAUCCCCGAGAGACCGCAGCUGCUGGAACCCAUCCUGGAUUUGCCGGAGAUCAAGAGCCAGGUGAAGGCGGCCAGCGGGGAGGACAGCACGGAUAGCGGUUUGGGCGAGAGCCAUCGCAGUACGGCCAAUAGGAGCAAUCAAUUGAGUGCCGGGAGCAACUAUCGCAGCAUCUUUACCACCUCCAACCAGCAGAGGAGACCCCUGGAGCAGCAGCUCUCCCAGCCGCCGGCCAAGCCGCCCAGGACCUCGCUGACGCCCCUCCAGCCGCGGAGCAUGAUGACGAUGAUGAUGCCACCACCGCCGCCGCCGCUUGACCAGGAAAGCGAUACGGAUUCGGUGUUCUCGCACACUGCCCGUGUGACCACGCCGCCCGAGAAGUUCGCCCUGACCAGGACCCUCAGUUCCGAGACCAACACUUCGAUAGCCAGCUCCAACACCUCCACCCUGACAUCCGGAUCCUCGGCCGGCUCCCAGGCCAGCUGCAGUUCCCUGGGCAGCACACCAGCUGUGGACUUAACCCGAAGGGUGCUCAAGAGUCAGGUGAUCAAUGGCGAGCCCGUGGUCCUGUCCAGCCGCAAGAGCAUCCUGGCCUCGGCCAAGUGCCGCAGUGCCAAGAGUCGCGGUCAGGAGGAGGACAACGACAGCACAGAUGGCGAGGCCUGCUCCCUGGCCAACCGCCGAAUGAAGCCCAUUUCCAGCUACAAACUCCAGCAACAGCAGCAGCAGCAGCAGAUCCAGCUGGGCAAGCAACUGGUCGUGGACAAGCUGAUCAAUGUGGCCGCCUAUGUGGAGCUGACCUCGGAUACGGACGACAGCAGCCGGAGAUCUGAUACGCCGGCCAAGAUUAGUGCCAUGUUCAUAGACGAGGAGCGCAAGGCCAGCUUCAAGGGAGAUCCCAGCCAGCAGGCCAAGGUCAAGGUGGUGGUGGAGCAGCAGCGGGUCAAGCCCAUGGUGGUCAUGCCCCAGGUGCUGCCCUCGCCGAAGCGGGAGCCUCUGAAGCAGCAGACCACCGCCGAGCUGCGCGAAAAGUUCGAGAGGAGUGCUGCUGCCGCGCAGGCCCAGAACCAAACCCUAAACCACUCGCCAGUGAUCCACAAGAUCGCCCAGAAGCCGCACCACGAGCGAUUCUCCUCGCUGGACUCCCUGGCCUCCAGUUCCUCGGGCGUGAGCUCCACCACCCAGAAUGUGAGCACCACCCAGGAGACGGCCACCGAGUUCGGCAGCUUUUCGUCGCUGGGCAGCAACCAGAGUCUGAUCACCGCCCAGGAUGUCCAGCAGAUCGUCGAGGAGGCCGAUCCUCCGCUCAAGACCCCCGAGGCCUUCAUCAUCGUCCUGCAGCGGGAUAAUCCCGAGAGCAGCAUCGGAAUCACCCUGGCCGGCGGUUCCGAUUACGAGGCUAAGGAAAUUACGAUCCACAAGAUCCUCAGCAACACACCAGCUGCCAAGGACGGACGUCUGAAGAAGGGCGAUCGCAUUCUCGCCGUCAACGGAAUGAGCAUGCGCGGAUUGACGCAUCGCGAGUCCAUCAGUGUGCUAAAGACCCCCCGACCUGAGGUGGUGCUAGUGGUGACCCGUUCCGAGUCUCUGGUGGUAAAGGCGCUGACCAAGAAGCGCUCCUCUCUGGGAUCCCUCAGCUCGCUUAAUGAGAAGCCCACGGAGCUGGACUACGAACGCAAGAGGAACUACCACAAGGCCUCCCGAUCUCUGGACUUGGACCUCGAUCUGGUGUCCAACGAGGCUGGUGGUUCGCCUGUGGCCACAACGCCGAGCACCGGAUCCGUUAGUCCGCCGCAGCCGGCGAGUCUGCACGACGAGGAUGCGGAGGCCACCAUCGCGGGAAUCCGGGCCAGAAGGCAAUUGUCCCGAGGAGAUGCAGCCAAGCUCAGCACGAGUGAGCUUUUGGAACGGGCGGCGGAGGCCAGGAAUGCCAUUGCGGCGGAGAUUCGAGCACAGGCGGAGGAUGCGGCGGCCAGUGGAGGAGGAGCUCGUUGUGUCGAGAUUGUCAAGGACAGCUGUGGUCUGGGUUUCUCCAUCGAAGGAGGCUUUGAUUCACCGCUGGGAAACCGUCCCCUCAUUGUCAAAAAGGUGUUCAUGGGUGGUGCCGCCCAGAAGACCAACCAGGUGCGCAAUGGCGACGAAAUCCUGAGCAUCAACGGUGCCUCCACGGCGCGAAUGACACGAGUGGACGCCUGGAACUAUAUGAAGCAACUGCCGCUGGGACCGGUCAAGAUUAGCUUCGCCUAAAGAGGAUGGCCCAAGUGAAACGCCAACGAUGGGGAAGAAUGCGCCACAAUUUUUGUUAGAUUUAAGCCAAUUAGCUUGGUUACCCCUUAACCGGUCUAACCUUGGGGGUCUUGCCAAUUCGAUGGAUCGAUGCUGCGAGCGAUUUGUUUUGCAUUUAAACGAACCUUUAACUGUAUGCCUAAUUUUAUAGAUAUUUAAUUUAAAGUGCAAUUGUUUAAACUCUUACUACGUUUUGAUGCCCUAUUUACAUACCCUAAACUGAUCGAUGAUUGUACAUAUAACUAAUCGAGACUAAUUUACGUAUUUAAACCUUAAAAC